GUGCCCGCUCUUCAGCAUGCCUGGCGCAAAGGAGGCGAACCGUCACACAAAAGCAAGAUGGAGGAUCUCGCAGUCGAAGUAUGCGGCGAAAACGGAGCUUACUAUAAGGCCUUUGUCAACGAUGUCUUUGACGACGAAGUUUUGGUAACUUUCGAGAAUGACUGGCAGCCUGAGUCAAAAUUUCCAUUUGCUCAAGUUCGUCUACCUCCAAAAGAUGGUUCCAAAACAGAAUUUCAGGAGAAUCAGGAAAUUGAAGUAUUUUCCAGAUCCAAUGAUCAGGAAGCAUGGGGCUGGUGGAAGGCACUUAUCAAGGUGUGCAAAAUGAGUAAAGGUGGAUUUCAAGUAGUUGAAUACUUGGGAUGGGAUUACACAUACACCGAAAUUGUAGCUAGUGAGCGACUGAGAGCCAAAAAUCCAAAUUCCCCUAUUGAUAAAAACACGUUUCACAAGAUCGAAAUUGAAGUACCUGAAGAGCUCAGAGAAUUUGCGAAGAUGGACAAUGCGCAUAAAGAAUUUCAAAAGGCGAUAGGGGCAGCAGUGUGCCGAUAUGUGCCUGAACGAGGAGUACUGCUGGCCAUCUCCCGUCAUGAAAAUAUACAUCGUCACAGUAGCAUGCUCCAAGAAAUGCACUUUAGGAACUUAUCGCAAAAGGUCUUGUUAUUGAAAAGAACAGAAGAGGCAGCGCGUCAACUUGAAUCUACUAAACUUCAAACAAUAGGGGGCAAAUUUAGAUCUUCAAACUUUAUAUAUCAGCGUGUCUCAGACUUUGAGGCAGGAGUGAAAACAAAUUCAAGAUACACUGACGAAUUCAAUGUUCGGGAAGAUCUUAUGGGAUUAGCUAUCGGUGCUCAUGGCGCAAACAUCCAACAGGCACGAAAAGUUGAUGGCAUUACAAAUAUAGAAUUAGAAGAAAAUUCGUGCACAUUUAAGAUAUAUGGAGAGACGCAUGAAGCUGUCAAGAAGGCUCGGUCUAUGCUGGAAUAUAGUGAAGAAUCUAUACAAGUUCCACGUGUUUUGGUAGGAAAAGUAAUUGGGAAGAACGGUCGCAUUAUCCAAGAAAUUGUCGACAAAAGUGGUGUAAUAACAUCUGACUCGAGUGGGAAUGUACAUAUUGAUAAAGUAAGAGUAAAAAUAGAAGGAGACAACGAACCUCAACCAACGAUUCCACGAGAAGAGGGUCAGGUGCCCUUUGUCUUUGUCGGCACUGUUGAAAGCAUCGCCAAUGCUAAAGUUUUGUUGGAAUAUCACUUGGCACACUUAAAAGAGGUAGAGCAGCUUCGACAAGAAAAAUUGGAAAUUGAUCAACAACUACGAAGCAUGCAUGGGUCGAACACAGGACCUAUGCCCAGUGGUUUUCCACCUACAAGACGAGGAAUGGUUGCAGGACCCGAAGAGGGUGUUAGCGGUCGUGGCGGUCGUGGCGGUCAGUCUCGGGGACGUGGCUCUCGAGGUAGAGCUCCCACCAGACACAAUGCCGGAUUACGUAGAGAGACUUUAGACGGCAGUGAAGAUCGCGUCCGGGACUUACCACCAAGAGGUGGUCAUCAGGGAGGCGCCGGUAAUUCAGGGUACAUGAGCGGUAGACAAGGUCGUCCUCCGACUCAACGCAGAGACCGUAGAGACGAACGUCGUCGCACCACUGAUGACGAAGACACUGUUUUAGACAGUCAAGAUGUUUCUAGCAUUGAUAGAGAAUCAGUAUCGAGUGUGGAGGGAGGAUCUAAAGGAGUAAGACGGAGACGGAUUCGACGCUCACGACAACGAAGUUCAACGCCAACAAAUAAUAUCCAAACAGGCAGUAAUGCCGGCCCGUGCGACCAGUCAACAAUGAAUAGCAAAGAAGGAACACCCGCGAACGAUGUUUCCGUAUCCAACAACAGUUCCCAAGGACCUAAAGGCCAAAGAGAACAUCGGUCUCGUCCUCCUCGUAUGCAGCAGAGCAAUAAGCCUAAGGAAGCUCUGGUUAAUGGUACCAGUGGCUAAAGCAAUCGUUGGGUUGUCGACAAUUGCCACUAACGUUUAUACGUUACACCUGAUGAGAGCGAUUAACUCCCAGCACGUAACAUGACGUUAUUAUACCGACGCAAGGACUACACGAUUAUGGAAAUGCGACAUGAUUAGUCUACGCUCGUUGUUAAGACUGUUUGCUACCGAUAAGAAAUACGACAGUUGUUUAAGAAAUCGUCAUUCUCCUUAAACACAUUUAAGGACACAUAUUAAUAUCCAUGCAUGGUUUAGUUUAAAUGAUGGUAAUUACACUGUCAUGUUUGAUAUAUGGAUACAUUCAUUGGGAGAUAGAGGAUAUAGCAUUUGGUAAGAAGGAUUCCCUGAUUGUGAAACUGUGCCUCAUUUUUAUACCGAGCUCCUAACUUAUGUGGCAGUGCUUCGGACGCGCCACACGGCGCGCCUUAGUCACUCGUUAACGAUCCGAUAUUAGGCUGAGUAAUCGCGGCUCGUAUGUCAAUUAUCACUCUGGGUAGGUUUCAUCUAGAUAUGUCGCUUUUUAGUACUUACAAAUAUUUAAUUCGAUAUUCAUAAAAAAAAAAACAUUUCGCUCUGGUGUCAUUCCGAACGAUUUGAUUUACUUUUCACAACAAUUUGUCAACAAAUUAUCUAAUAGAUAUUUUUUGUGAAUGUUACAUAUUAAACAUUGUUCCAAUUAUAUGUAUAUCGACAAAUCACUGUUAUUAGUAAUUUUAUUCCUGUGAAUGAGCUAAACUUCGAAUGCGACAUAACUAAGAUGCAACUCGACGUGGUGCAAGAAAAAAAAAUGGAUUUCCGUUGUUAAUCGUAACAAUGGUAGGUGGCAGCUGUAAAGAAAUUCUGGUUCAAAGGUGUUCCCAAUGAUGUUCCUUUCUAUUUACUUGAGGAAAUUGAGUUUUUGAUUUACAAUUAUUAGUAGAGUUAUUUAACAACACUAGAUUUUUAUGUUUCAAUGCUGAGUGUUUAAUAAUAUCAUAAUAAUUACAAAAAAAAUAUGACUUAUUCGAAUCUAACAUGAUCAGAUAUGCACAAGGAGUCGGUUUUCAUUUCUGAGUACACUUGUCACGUAAUUUAGUCUUUUCCUUUUUUUUCUUUUUUUUUUUUUUAUUUUUACUACAGUCUAAGCAUACUAUAUCAAACUUUAGGAUUUGAUAUCGAGUUGGUUUCUGCAUUGUUUCGCAUGAUUUAAAAAAGAAAGUAAACGUAUACUUAGUAAUACCAAUGUAUGAUGUGCCAGAGAGAAGGAAUGAUACAUGUUUUAUGAUAUCUAGCUAAAGUGCAGACUUAGCGCAUACCUUUAUUACUAUAAUACUACUUAGUCGAAAUGUGGAUGUCUGAACAAAUAAACUAGCUUUACUAUACUAAGCUAUAAAAAAAUAGAUAUCAAUUGUUUUAAAUUGAUUAUCAAUAUCAUUAAAAACUCAGUUAUCAAUUUAAAACAGUUGUCUCUUCUUCCGGAUAUGACAACAACUAAUCGGACGUGUCUCAUGAAUUUUGCAAAACCACAUGGUGGUUGAUGCAAUAUAUUGACACCUAACAAAACCGCUGCCAUUUUAUCUGAAUAUACUUAUGGCAGCCAAAAAAAAAACUGAGAUAUCCCCCAACUUGCUUGUUUCAGAUACAUUUGUAUUGAUUGCAAUUUGUGCAUAAUUUAAGAAUAAAACAUUUCUGUACAUA